AUGUCUGCCAAAGCCAAACUCAUAACCGACUCGGACUCGGACUCCGACUCCGACACACCCGCGUCCUUCCACUCGGCCAACGAGACACCCCCGGCCGACGAGAGCGGGAGCGCCGGCGGCUUCAAGAUCAACGCCGAGUACGCACGCCGCUUCGAGCACAACAAGAAGCGCGAGGAGCUGCACCGCUUGGAGGAGAAAUACGGCAAAGACGGUGCCGCAACAGCAGACGACGACUCGGAGGACGACACCGACAGCGAAGACGAGGACGACAAUGCCAUGCUUGCCACGCUCGAGCUCGACCGCGAGAUCAAUGCCACGCUCACCGCGAUCCGCAAGAAGGACCCCCGCGUCUACGACGGAAAGACAACCUUCUACACGCCCAUCCCCGAGGAGCCCCUCUCCGGCGACGAACAAGGCACCACCACCGCCGCUGCCGCCGCCGCAAAGCCCGAGAAGCCAAUAACGCUCAAAGACUACCACCUGCGCAACCUCCUCUCGGGCACCACCCCCGGCGCCGACAGCGACACCCCCAAGCCCAAAACCUUCGUCCAGGAACAAGCCGACCUCAAGCACUCCGUCGUGCAAUCCAUGCACGCCGCCGCUGCCGCCGACUCGGACUCUGACGACGACGACGACGACGACGACGCCUUCCUCACCCGCAAACCCCAGCCCGAAGAACCCGACGCCGACGCCCCCCCGCCCCUCCCCGACCUCGCCCUCGCCGACAAGAACCCCGACGAGUUCCUCAACCAGUUCCUCAGCUCGCGCGCCUGGGCCGCCAGCGCGCCCACGCCCGCGCUCCUCGACGACGACUCCGAGGACGACGAGACGGCCGAGGCCUUCGAGAAGGCGUACAACUUCCGCUUCGAGAACCCCGACGUCGAGUCGCGCGGCACGCUCGUCUCGUACUCGCGCGACGCCGUCAGCACCAAUACCGUGCGGCGCGAGGACAAGUCGGCGCGCAAGACUGCGCGCGAGCGCAAGCGCGAGAAGCGGGAGGCGGAGGCGGCGGAGCGCGCGCGCGAGAUGGGAAGGCUAAGGAAGCUGAAGAUGGAGGAGCUGCUGGAGAAGGUGAAGGUGCUGCAGGAGGCGGCGGGGAUCGAGGGCGCGGGGGAGGAGGACGCGGAGGCGCUGGAGAGGGUGCUGGAGGGGGAGUGGACGGAGGAGAGGGUGGAUGAGUAUAUUGCUAGCAGGUUUGGGGAGGAGUAUUAUGAGAGCGGCAAGGCGGAUAAGCCGGUGUUUGAGGACGACAUCGAUAUUGAUGAUAUUGUCCCGGGCUUUGAGAAGGAGGAGGGCAUGGGGCUCGACGACGACGACGACGACGAGGAGAAGGAGGAGGAGGAGGACGCAGAGGACGAAGGCGGCGUCGCACUCAACGCUGACGACGACGACGCAGAAGAAGAGGCGCCCUCCAAGAAGCGCAAAUCCAAGAAAGAGGCCAAAAACGACGAGCGCAAGAAGAAGCAGAAAACCAAAGAGCUCAAGCGCAAGCUCGAGAAAUACGUCGACGACAACUACGACUUUGAGGCGCAGCUGCCUCCGCCCACCACCGGCAGCAAGACCCGGGGCUUCCGCUACCGCGAGACCACGCCCGAGACGUACGGGCUCACGUCGCUCGACAUCCUCACGGCGACGGACCAGGACCUGAAUACGUAUGUGGGGCUCAAGAAGCUGGCGACGUUCCGGGAGCCGGAGAAGAAGAAGAAGGACAAGAAGAGGUAUGGGAAGAAGAAGAGGCUGAGGGAGUGGCGGAAGGAGGUGUUUGGGGAUGAGAAGGGGAUACAGAUCCCGGAGGGGUGGAAACCGGAGGGGGUGCAGGAGGGGAGGGGGAAGAAGGGGAAGAAGGAGGCGGGGGAGGUGGAUGUUGUCGAGGGGAGGGAGGGGGGGAGGAAGAGGAGGAAGCACAAGGCUUAG